CUUUCCAAGAUCAAAUACACACUCAUUGUUCCCCACACAAACGCGUGCACGCAGGGACAAGACGCGAUUGCUGUCCGCCUGCCGCGUGUGCAACGCUCUUUUUUUCCUUCCGUGACAUACAAGAAGACCUGUUUGAUUUAGGUAGGGGUGGUUUUGUGGGAAUUUUUAAGUUUUAAAAAGUGCUUACUUGAAGGAUUUCCCCCCGCAUUCUUUGCGAACACUGUGGUGACAAAUGGAUGAAUGAAGGUGGAAAAGUGAGGAUUACUUCGCCGAAGUACACGGAUGGAUUGAAAUCAUCAUUUGAUGUAGAAAAUGAAUAAUUCCUUACAAUAAUUUAUGCCUCCGGACCAGAGAAGUUUAAGUUUAGCUUCUCUCCCUGUGGGUGAAGAUGCAUCAGACUGGGUCUGCGCUGUUGGCAUUGCUUGCACUUCUGGUGCUCACACUUGAGAUGUCCAGCGGCCAGUCCUGCCCCAGGAGCUGUAACUGCUACCAGGCCAAUGAAGUUCACUGCACCUUCCGAUCACUACUCAUCAUCCCACCUGGCCUGCCUGCGCAUACAAGACGGAUUAAUUUAGGGUUUAAUAGUAUCAGCAGACUUCAUGACAAAUCUCUGGUUGGGUUAAGGAGAGUAGAGCUUCUGAUGCUCCACAGCAAUAACCUCCAACAUCUUCCAGAUGGAGUGUUUAAAGAGAUGAAAUCGCUUCAGAUACUCAAGUUGAGCUAUAACAAGCUGAGAGAGAUCUCUUCAUCUUUGACCUUCUCUGGCCUGACAUCACUGCUACGGCUUUACUUGGAUCACAACCUGCUCCAACACAUCCACCCCCGGGCUCUGCUCCAGCUGCCUAGCCUCAGGCUGCUUCGUCUACAAGGCAACAGGCUGCAUCAGCUGCACCCUCACGCUCUGUGCACGCUGUCCAUCCUGAAUACAUAUUAUUUUUCUACUUUGAGACAUCUAGACCUUUCCAACAAUAGUCUAACUAUCCUGCCUGAAAAGAGUGUGACAACGGCACCUCUGCUGGAGACUCUGGUCCUGCAGGCUAAUCCUUGGAGCUGUGACUGUAGAAUGAAUUGGUUUCUCUCAUGGAGUCUUGCUCACCCAGGCUUAUUGAAAUGUCCUGGUGGUCCUCAGUGUCCAGUUUGUGCCUCACCCCUGUCUCUCCAGGGCCAGAAUUUGCUUGAUCAAACGACUCUACAUUGUAUGUCACCGAUCAUCAGCUUUCCUGGAAAAGAAACACCUUUGGAAUCAGACCAUAGCAAAAUCCAACCAAGUGAGAAGUUCAGAGAGCCUUUAGGCAAUGUCACUCUGGGUCUUUCUGACCAACAAGGAUACAACAUUGAUAUAAGUUGUAAAAUUACUCACUCAACCAAUUCCCCAGACAUUGCUCCUCCUCCAGAUCUCUCCUGGAGUUCCUCUUCUCCUCUCCCGCUCGCUUUGUCUCUCUCUCUUGACUGCCCUAUUCUGGGACAAAGCUAUGAGAAACUUUGGAGGAUUUUGGCUUACUACAGUGAAACUGCAGCUCGCCUUGAGAGGGAGAUCAUGUUAAGUAAAGCUCCGGCAUUGGCCUACCGCUACAGACAGGCACCAGAAACAUAUGGAUAUUAUCACACUGGGAUCAAAGCCUCUGUCAAAGCCAGACCAGAAUGGUUACUACAAUCAGCAAUUAGUAUUCAGCUUGACAGAGCACAGUCUAACAGUCAUAAAGUCCAACUUAUCUAUUCAACAAGAGUUUCUGCUCAUCCUGAUCCAACUUUUAAUCCCUCACUGUCUUCCCCUACUUCUCACCCAUGGGUAAUGAUUUUAACUAAUCACACUAACACAGCAGUUACAGCAGUAGGAAUAGCAGGCACGAACAUACAGCUAUCUUGUCCUGUUCUUAGUUCUAGUAAUCCCAGUGUGCAAUGGAUUCUUCCAGAUGGAUCUAAACUCAAUAAUCCUUCCAGCAGUUUAGAUGGAAGGUUCCAGCUAUCAGCCUCAGGCCUACUAGUACAAAGAGUACAGCUCUCUGAUGGAGGGCUUUACCAUUGUGUUGCCAGAGCUGGAAGAGAUUUCGAUGUCCUUCAAUUACGUCUGGCAGUACAAGAGUCUGCCUUUCCAUAUACAGGUGAGCUAAGUGGACCCCCGGUCACUGGAACCAUUAAAGAUGCUGUCACUCUGCCCUGCAGGAUAUCUGGUUCACCAGAACCUUUGGCAAGUUGGAUUUUGCCAGAUGGAAAUGUUGUGUGGCAAGGAUUAGCUGUAUCAGGUGGAUUGAAAGUAUAUUCAAAUGGAAGUUUGUCUUUACUUACAUCAACUCUGAAGGAUACAGGAUAUUACCGCUGCAUUGCUGUCAACCAGUAUGGUAGUGACACCAUGUCAAUGCAGCUGAUAUUGAAAGCACAACAUAUUUCUACCCUUGAGACUUCAUUACCCAGAGGACCUCAAUCAGCUGCUGGCAGGUCAACAAAGAUACCAGUCACCAUUUUUAGGCAGAUUGAUGAAGGAUCAGGAGAUGAAGAAAAUGAAGAGGAUGAGAAAACCCCCACUGGUAAAAGGAGAUAUCCAACAUCUCUCCAACAGCGCCCAAACAGACAAUAUCUAAUUAAUAAGUCACAAAGAUAUGGUCAUGUUAGAGAGGGACAUCUAAAAAGGAUUGGAGGACCCAUUUCACCAAUUAAGCAGAAGAAACACCGCUUUCAGAACAGACCCAGAGUAACCACAAAGAAACACAGGAUAGACCCUCAGAAAUGGGCUGAUCUCUUGGCAAAGAUUCGUCAAAAGACCACCAACAGCACCAAGUCAAGUCAUAGUCAAGCAAAUGCAGAAGAAAAAACAACAACUCAACCUAUAUUUGAAGAAAAAGAUGAAGAAAUUAGACAAGGAGAAAAGGGUGACAGUAAAGACAGAAGUAUAUCUCAUGACCUACAGGAGAAAACAGAAUCUGAAGGUUCUUCAGUUGAUGAUGCUAUUGUAAAAGAAGAACAACCACAACCCAUUCAACCUCCUGAUAAGGAUGUACAGAUAAUACAAGCAACACAAACCAUUGCAGAGAUAUAUAAUGUGACUGAGCAGCCACAUGUGAAUCUAGAAAUUGACAUAAAAACACAGACAGAUAAAGAAAACAAACAAACUGUAACAACAGUAAACCCAGUGACAGAAACAGAGCGUGUCACACUUACUUCAUUAUCAGGGGCAAAUGUAAUAGCUCUGCAAUCAAUUGUGUUGGAUGAGAAAGUACCAAAUCUAAGCUCUAAUAAGACCAGGCCACAGAAUCCUUUACAGGGACAUUUCCCAAAUGCAAUUCCAAACUCCCGACCUCGAAAACCCUGGGACACCCGCAGGAAGAUUGGACAACGUAGGCGAAUUAACAGGCCAAAGAUUCAGCCUGUACCCUCACCACAUCCUCACUCCGACCCGAUAAACUCAGUAAACCGAGCAGAGACACUUAACUCAAGUCCAGAUAAAAUCACAAAGUUGUUGCCCUUAUCAACUACCACAUUUCCACCUAUUAUGCUGACACUGGGAAACAAUGUUAGAACUAUUAUAAAUGGUGUGACUGUGACUCCUGUGUCCCCAACUGUUUCUGACCCUCAUUUUAUUACUAUUUCAAAAUUUGAAUCACUUCCACUCAGUCCCUCCUCUACAACCCCACACACAUACACAGACAUGAUGAUUCAUUCAGGCAAGAAACAAAUAACUGAGUCUACUUUUAACAGCACACCAGCCCCCACUCAUGCUACCAUUAUCAUUUCAGAGCCACAUGUGCCAGAACCUGAUAAUAGAACAUUUACACAUGCUGCAUGGGCUCAUACAGCAACACAAACAACCUUAGGCAAACAUGCUGAGAGACCCCCGAGCAAACACAGCAAGGAGUUAGAGAUGAAUGUUUUGGGUGAGUCCCACUUUUCAAUCACUCAUUCUCUCACUGCUUCCUCAGUCCCCAGUGCAUCUUUAACCACCACCAGUGCAGCACAAAUCAUAACUACUUCUUCGGCUGCUCCCAAGAGAACUAGUUAUUUUAGCAGCACUAAAAGUACACCAGCCUCUACAACUAAUGAGGAUACACUCCCCACAACAACCACGGCUGCUAUAAUAAGUCCCACCAUGUCUAUUUCAACCCCCAUUAUCAUUCCAGUAUCCAGCACUCCCAGUCAGACUUCAGCUCUGUCCACCUCAAUGACUUCUACAAUCACUUUGCCAACUACUUCCUCUACUAUCUCUUCAACUUUGACCUCCGACACUACGUUCAGGCCAAUAAUUACAAGGCUAAGCACCACUUCUAAUCCUUCUACCAGCAAAAGUAGUUCUCCAGUUUCAAUAAAUGCCAUCCCUAAAGUGUCCAUUUCCUCUUUUUCUACUACAUCCACUGAUUCUAAAACCACUCUUCCAGCCACAACAGAAAGUAUUCUGACCACAACACCUCCAUCUACCACAAAACAAUCUACAGUUAAAACUUUUUUUUCCACUACCACCACAUUGGAAUUGACAAGUACCAAAGCAAUAACAAGAAACACUAAAGCAACUGGCCAGGUUGACCACCCUGCGAAUGGUCAAAACAGGAGUCAAUCACCUACUGACUGGAAGAACCAUGGAGCUAACACUAUUCCAGAUUCACACAGAAGCAGUUUUCAUCAGCCUUCCCCGUCACUUCCUGCUUCUCCAACGGUUCCAGUUGUUAGAUCUAGGCCAAGGAUCGCAGACCCUCACAACCGCACCAUGUCAGUACCGGCAGGCAGCACUGUAAACCUGGUGUGUGAAGCUCAGGGAGAGCCAAAACCUUCAAUCACAUGGACUAAGGUUGCUACAGGAGCGGUGACGUCAAUCCACUCCAGGGCUCAGCGUUUUGAGGUCUUGCCAAAUGGCACCCUUGUUAUCCAGAAUGUACAGGUACAGGACAGAGGAACAUAUAUCUGCAGUGCAAGCAGCUUGCUGGGCCGUGACAGGUUGCUCACCACACUAGAAAUCUGGACACGCCCGCCUCAUAUGCCUUACAAGGAAGUUACCAUUCAUCGGGGUGGCCAGGUUCACCUGGAGUGCCAAGCAGAUGGCGUUCCAGCCCCUUUGCUGUCCUGGGUUCUGCCUAAUCGUUCUACCUUAACCUCCUCUGGCACCUUUUCUAAUCGAAUCCAUAUGGACACAAAUGGGACCCUUCACAUCUCGGUAACAUUACCCACUGACCAAGGAGUCUAUCGAUGUGUGGCACCCAACUCAGCUGGUGCAGCCAGCGCCUCAGUGCGUCUCCAUGUGUCCUUGCUCCCCCCGGUUAUUCAGCAACCCAGGGAGGAACGCCUGCUUUUCUCUGUAGGUUGGCCUGUUUAUGCUCACUGCUCUGCCCGAGGGGCCCCAACACCAAUUCUGCGUUGGCAAAUUCCAGAUGGGACGCUUGUUCGACCAUCUCAGUUUCUUAAUGGAAAUAUCUUUGUCCUGUCAAAUGGGACACUCCAUAUUCACAAUGUGGGGUCAAAGGAUACAGGGAAUUAUGAGUGUACUGCUAGUAAUGCUGUAGGGACUACUAAGAGGACAGUGACAAUAGCGGUUAUAGAUGGGGAAGCAAAAGCCAAAAAAACAUCCAAUUCAUCUUUUUUCAACAAAGUCAGAACAUCGGUAAUCCCAAGCCAAACCUCAACUGCAUUCAGUCCAAGUAAAUUCUCUCCUGUAAAUCCCUCUGACAGAUCUAAGAACUUGUCGAUCAGCUCAAGCCCUUUUAACUCUUCCUCUAGCUCAUCUCUCGAAAUCAAUAAAACUGUAAAACCUUACCCAUCACACUUUCCUGACAUCAAAAUAGCAAAUCCCUUCUCUGUUUUCUCACCUUCUACGGUGCCAACAAAUAACACCAAAGUAUCACCCAGAGGAAACAGCACAAGAGUUGCUUCUUCUUCCCAUACUAGUGGAAAAAUCUCAACUGUUUUGCAGCCUCAGCCUGUCUCCCCCUUCACUAAAGCCCACAUUGUCUCUACAUCACCCUCUGCUACUACUGUUAACUAUGAGGGGACUUUGAAUCUUUACUGCUCUGUAAGUGGAAACCCUCCCCCAACCAUUCUAUGGAGGACCCCCACCAGAAAGCUUGUGGACAUGCACUACAGUUUUGACCAACGUGUAAAGGUGCAUCCUAAUGGCACGCUGUCAGUGCGGGCAGUAACGGAGAAGGACAGUGGAGACUACUUGUGUAUUGCACGCAACAAGGUUGCUGAUGAUUAUCGAAUUCUGCGUGUGUCUGUGGUUACUCAGUCUCCCAGGAUUGACCCAAAACACUCAAUCAAUCAGAUGGUGUCAUUUGGAAAACCUCUAAAGGUAGACUGCCAGGCCUCUGGAUUGCCUCAUCCAGCUGUGCAUUGGAAGUUACCAAAUGGAACCACUGUGAAGAGUGAGCUAUUUCAAGAGGACAAUAGGGGUCAAAGACGGCAUCAUACUGUUUUUGACAAUGGGACGUUACUGAUUCCAGCAGUUGGUGAAGGAGAUGAAGGCGAGUAUAUCUGCUAUGCAGAGAACCAGGCAGGCCAAGAUUCCAUGAAGGUCAUAGUGAAGGCCAUGAAGACGACCCCACCAAAGUUCACUAAUGACAGAGGCCACAAUUUCAUCAAAGUGCAGCAGGGAGAAACUGCUACAAUUCCCUGCAGGACCACAGGAGAUCCUGCCCCAACAGUUACCUGGUUUUCUCCAUCAUUCAUUAUUAUACCACAGAACUUGGGAUCAGGCCUCUCUUCUCAGCGAGUUGUGGCCAUUUCCGAUGGAACCCUGGAAGUGAGUUCCGCCCAAAAGAUUGACUCUGGAAAUUACACUUGUCGAGCAAGCAACUCAGCUGGGAUAAGGAGCAUGGUGGUGACCUUGGAAGUGGAGACUUCUAGCUCUGGAGUUAUAGCACAGGUGGAAAAAGGACAAGGUUGGAGUGUAAAGAAAUCUGAUGGCAAUCACAGAGUCAUUACUGCAAGAAAAAUCAAUCUUGGAUCUAAUGUUGUAACUGCAAACAAAAGCAGAAGCAAUAACAGCUAUAGUGAUAACCAUAGUAGAAAAGUAAACAUAGUUCCUAAUACCAAUCUCAACUCCGUAUUCAGUGGCUCGAAUCCUAUGCUAAGAAGUUACAGCCAACAUGAGUUUAAAAGUCCUGUUGGAGGAUUUUCAACACGACGGGGUAAUACUGGGAUAAUGGCUGGGGCAAAUGAGGCACAGAAUACAGGCAUUAAGAUAGACAGUACUGGAUUAAAUAGAAACACACCUAGCAUUAAGAGUAGAAGUGGUAAUGUAGAUCACAGCCAAAGCACAGGUAGAGGAGAAAGUACUGAAAGAAAUCCUGAGAUGAAUAAUAAUGAAGUCAUUGCAGGAAAGAAAAGUAAUGAUGCUAUUACCAGCAGAGACAACAGCAGGUUAACUCGUAUUUCAACAAAUGGCCAAAGUAUUAGUGGUAGUUUGUCAGAUAAUGGAGCUGGUACAAGCACUCAAAGAGGACAUGUUUUCAACAGGAACAGUCAUGCAGGGGGAGGUAAUGAUAACAGAAGAAAUAGUGUUUCUUCAAGUAGUAAUUCAGAUACACAUCUGGGUGGGGGGAAAAUAGCAAAGCACCAAGCAGUUAAAGGCCAGGCUGUCACUUUGCCAUGCCCAUACCAAGGUUAUCCUCCAAUUCGUUUGGUCUGGCUUCUGCCUGGAAAUGGCAUGCUGCCGGCUCCUUACUACGGCAGCCGACUCACUGUGCAUCGGAACGGCUCUUUGGAGUUUCAAGAUGUACGUGUGAGUGACGGUGGAAAUUUGGUUUGUGUUGCAAAAACUGAAAGAGGUGACACUUUAAUGCGGGUCCAGCUUGAAGUGUCAGAACCAGUGGUGGAUGUGAAAUCCCAACAAGGCAGAGAAGUGGAAAAUAUACAGCAGAAGGAAAAUUUAGAUGCAACUCAGUCAUUACCCACAAGGACAGUAUCGCUUCUGCAGCAUUCACAGAGGGGCCUUGGUAUGCCAGACAGGUCUCACUCUAUAAACUCUUCACCGUCUGGCUCAGUCUCCAAACCCACAGUAAGCACCAGCACCUCCCCUCUAGUGAGCACCAUUAAUGGAGAGACUCUCCGACUGCAUUGUCCUGCCUCUACAACCAGGGGCUCUGUUUCAUGGACAAUGCCUAGUGGCAAGAUACUAUCCAGAGGUGACAGUGGUGAUCUAGGGCGUUAUGUGGUGCAAGAAGAUGGAACAUUAAUAAUCAAACAAGUUUCUGUGUUUGAUCGAGGCAGCUACAUCUGCAGGUUUUCCAGUCAUGACUCUUCCUCAGUCUCAGUCACCACAGUUCCUGUCAUUGUCAUCGCCUACCCUCCACGCAUCACAAUCGGUCCCUCCCCUGUCACCUACACUAGAGGCGGUGUUGCUGUGGAGCUGCCCUGCAUGGCCAUAGCCACCCCGCGAGCAACAGUUAGUUGGGAAACACCAGACCUGACACAACUGAGAGUAAUGGGUCAGCCUCGUAUUUAUGGCAACCUCUACCUGAGUCCUCAGGGUUCAUUGGUGAUACAAAACCCGACACAUAGGGACACAGGAUUUUACAGAUGCAUCGCCAAAAAUGUAAUCGGAGUGGACAGCAAGGCAACCUAUCUGCAUGUUAUGUAACAAGACAAAGCAACUAUAUAAACACUAACCCUUUCAAACUUGAUGCAGAGAAACAGAGACGCAGCCUUUAAUGAAAUAAAUAUUUGUAUUUCCCUGGUGCCCAAAGGAACUGCAAAGCACUGUUCCUGACAUACUGCUGUAACUCAAGAACAGAAAACAUCCAUCAUAUUUACUUCUGGUGCAUAGAGUUGCAAAUCACGGAAUGUUUCAUACCGGAACUUGACACAUUUAUAGCACGCAAAAAAUAGCUAGAGUGAAAUUCCAGUCAUUAAAGGUAAACAUUCUGCAUGUUUUUGAUGUGUCUCUACUCUAAAACAUGUAACUCUAAAGGCUGACUCACCUCUUCAGUGUAUCAUCAAGUUCUACAAAGCUCUGGCACCAAACAGUUCAGUCAAUUUACUUGUGUUAAACCAGAGAAACUUACAGAAGACCUGCCAUCAAGAAUUAACAUUAAAUAUCAAUGUAAUUUUUAAAACUCAGUUUAAUAUGGCAGUGAUUUCAAAAAUAUCCAAAUAUGUACUUUUAAUCAACUGAGAUAUUUUCCUUCAGGUUUUGUGAAAAAUAAUUGGACUUUUUGCUUUUUUUUUUUUUUUUUUGCGGGGUAUGUCGGCAUUUCUAGAAGUAAUUAUUUCAAUUAGAACAUCAACUCCUGGUAUUUCACUGAGGUAACACAUAUGUGUAACUGUGAAGUGUGAGUCUGUUAGAAUCAAUGGUGUAAAAUUUAAAGUCUUCUACUGCAUCAGGAUAGGGCACGUUGGUCCUUAAAAGUGAUCAGACCCUUGUUAAAAUGGUGAGUUUUAUGCUUUCGUUUGUUCUGUGAAAAACGAAAGCAUAAAAAACACUUUUUAAAAAUGUUUUACAACUGUAAUGUGAGAUGUCCAGAUAUUCUUUUGGGGAAAAAUACAAGACAGAAAAUAUCAAAAAACACUUUGUUUUGUAAGUGUCCAUAUCCUAAGUUUCACCUUUUGAUUCAAAAACAUUUACUCUUAUUUUGUUGGACCAUGCUAUUUGCUAAGUAAUAUUUUUCCAAUCUGUAUUCAGACAUUUCAUAAAUAAUGAAGACGUUUCUUAUCCAUGGCCCUUUUCAAAACAUGAUAAAAUACAGAUUCAUCUAAGAGUGUUCACAUUUAAGAAAUCUGAGUAAUUGCAACUUUUUAUUUGUAUUAUUUCCCUCUAAAAGUAUUUGUUUUUUUAUUGAAUAUGAAACAUGUCACUUUAAUAGAUAGAGGUUUUGAAAUGAUUACCUUAACUUGGAUUUCAAUCAAAGUAUGUGCACUUUUUACAUUUACUUUACUUCACCUGUGAAGUCACUGAUAAUUUUUUUUCAUACUUAAUGAUUUUUAGAUUAAAGUUAAAUUCCUUAUUUAAUUCAGUUCAAAUAAUUAUCAUUUAAUUUAUUGAGAAAUCAUUUUAGACUAGAUUCACUGUGACAUUUAGCAUUCUGAUGUUAGUGAACUUUUAUCAAAACAGAUGAAGCAUCUGUAUAGUGCGGCAUGAAAUUAAGUACAUUUUUAUUAGAUUGCUAUUGUGUCAGUUGAAUAGCACUGGGACAAAUUUCAUAACGCUGAUGAAUUUAUGUGCUAAGGAUGACACCUCUAAUUUGCUAAGCAUAAGCAGAAGGAUUUUUCAAUGUAUCCAAACAUUAUGUGGGUGUUUGGAUUAGCUGGAGAUGAUAUUUUUUCAGUACAGUGUCAAGCAGCUAGGAAAGAAAUGCUGAAGCAUUAUUUUAUAAGAAUACAUUUUCUUAUUCUAUUUAAGUGUAAGGCAGAUAUGUAGUACUUUGACAGGUGUCUAACUUUGAGACCCUUACCUUUCUGUAGCCAUGCUCUGACUCUUUCCGGGAAGCAGAUGCCAAUCUUUAAAAAAAAAAAGAGAAAUCAAAUACUGCAGAAGUAUAGCUGUGGCCUAAACUGUCUAAUCUGAAGCUCAGCUAGUUAUCUAAAGCUUUAUGAUAGUCACUGAAUAAACUAAACUAUAAGGCUUUUUUUUUCUCUUGUCUUCUCUCUGUUUGCAGUUUAAUGCCAAAUGAUCUGUUAUUCUAAGACCCUGUUUGAUCUUAUGUAAAUUUUUUUAUUAUUAUUUCAAAUGUCACAGAAUAGUACAAAAAAUAAAAACAAAACAUAGAUCUGAUAGGUUAGCUUGACAUUUAGCUGCUUGGUAUUAAAUUUUUAUUUGCUGACGAUAUGUUGAACUACCUGGGUUUGUUGCCAUGGUGCAGAUGUAGCAAAAAGUAACACACAGGGGCUGUUGUGAUGGCAAUCUUGAACAAAUCUGAUGGUGGAGUAUUCAGCGUGAAGAGCUAAAAUUUACAAAAACCUCUUCAGGACUUUCAAAAUGUUGUCAGUUGGGAACGGGAUUUGGUACAAAGCUUGUCUAAUGGACUAUUGUUUUGAUUUAAAUACAUAUAUUUAAUUAUGUGUAUAUUUUAAUAACUUGCAGUAAGUUUGUGCACAAAGUCAGCAGUUGGUCUUUUCUCAAUUAUUUUCUUUAAUGUUUCCAUCAUUACAUUAAAUUAUUUGUUUUGUAAAGACUCACUUUAUGUAACAUAUUUUUGUACUAAAUGGGAGAUAAUGGUUUAAAUAUGUGUGUUGGGUGUCUUACUAUCCAGCUAUGGAUUCCUGCUUUGUUUUUAACAGGAUUCAUUUUAUUAAAAAAAUAAAACAAAACAAACUGUUUACCCUCUGUGGUUUUACAGUUUUGGUCACAGAUAUUGUGAAGUGUUUGUGUGACUGAGUGAGAAAAGAAAACACCUUGUAUGAGGGCAAGUGGGAGGACUCAAACCUUUUCUGGAGAAAUUAUGAGAACAUAAACUCCCGAUGCUUGGCUCAGCUGUCUGGCCAGGAAACAGGUUCUGUACAGUAGAUGAGACACAUGUUCAUGACAUCAUGUUCUCCUCUUUAGGAAAUGUAAUAAAACUCUG